AUGUCCAAUGAAUUGAUCUUUAUAACCGGAGCCACGGGCUUCAUUGGGAGCGCCACUGCAGUGGAAGCUCUCAAAACAGGCUAUCGAUUGCGAGUUUGUCUUCGAAAGCCAUCUGAGCAACUGCAAACUCUGCUGUCCAAGUAUAGUGACCAAUUCGAAUUUGUUAUCAUUCCAGACCUCACCGAUGAGGCGGCAUUCGACAACAAGUUGGACGGCGUGGACUACGUCCUUCAUCUUGCAUCCCCCCUUCCCCAUGGGACCGACAAACAAACAUACUUUCCCCCGGCUGUGAAAGGGACCACUGCCAUGCUGAAAGCAGCAGCAAAGGUUCCGACCAUCAAGAAAGUCGUGGUUACGUCAUCCAUUGCGGCCUUGAUUCCAAUGUCUGGCCUUCCUACUGGUGGUGUGGUGAAAGAGGACAACAAAUGGGACUUUUCGGUUGAUGAAAAUGGGGAUUUCCAGGACCCUCAAAACCCGGCUGCAACACCAAUGAAACUGUAUCAGGCCUCCAAACUUCUUGCAAACAACGCAACUUGGGAGUUUAGGGAGACAGCCAAGCCUCAGUAUGCAUUGGUGACACUGCACCCCGCGUUUGUAUACGGGCACAAUCUUGUUCAGAGUUCUGCCGACGGAGUAAACGCCGGGUCCAACGGUGGUCUGUGGAGUAUCAUCAUGAAGGGCGAUCCCCAUAAGAAUUUGGUAGGAGUGCAUAUUGAAGAUGUGGCCGAAGCGCACAUCAAAGCACUGGAUCCGAAGAUCGUGGAUGGCUCGAAAUAUCUACUGGCCGGGCCGAAGACAACGGGCUCUCAGAUUGCACGCAUUGUACACAAACACUAUCCAAAUUCUGGAGCGUUAAUAUCUGAGGAUUUCCAGGAUGUCUCGUUCCCAGUUGAUACGACUAAGGCGGAAACGGAGCUUGGGAUUCAAUGGCGCUCAUACGAGGCGAUGGUGCGGGAUCUGAUGGACCAGCAGCUCGGGUUCGUGUAA